AUGAAUUCAGCAACAGGAGGGGGAGGUAACGACCCGAAUGGAGGGGAGACGGCUCCAUCGUCAACCAGCGGAGGCACAGCCGAGGGCAGGGGCGAUGGCGGAAGCGGGUCAACGGAGGCAACCCCGAGUCGCUACGAGUCGCAGAAGCGUCGAGACUGGAAUACUUUCCUACAAUACUUAAAAAACCACAAGCCACCACUGAUGCUAGCCGAAUGCAGCGGGGCUCACGUGAUUGAAUUCUUGAAAUACCUAGACCAGUUCGGGAAAACUAAGGUACACGUAACAGGCUGUCCGUAUUUCGGCCACCCGAAUCCCCCCGCCCCCUGUCCGUGCCCUUCGAAGCAGGCUUGGGGCAGCCUGGAUGCCAUAAUCGGCCGUCUCCGGGCAGCGUAUGAAGAGAACGGCGGUCGGCAGGAGACCAAUCCUUUUGGGGCUAAAGCCGUGAGGUUAUAUCUUAGAGAAGUGAAAGAAAGUCAGACAAAGGCCAGAGGAAUACCCUAUGAGAAGAAACGUAGGAAAAGGUCCGCCUCUGCCGCCGUCAGCGGUGGUGCAUCUGAAGUGUCUAUGCCGGUUGGUGCUAGUUCUACUGUCGGUACUGAAACCAUUGAUAGUGGUGAAGGCGGUGGAGUUGGUGAAGGUGGCGGUGGUGGUGCAACUACUUUGCCUGCAACGUCUUCUACCACAACAUAG